GUUUUCAAAUCAGAAGACAAAAGUGACGUUUUGAAACUUUUGGUUAAUGUUUACGUUAUUAAUAUUUGAUUCAAUUAAUCAGUUCAGUUCACAAUAUAUUACCCUGAUAGUGAUGUUCGAUUAGUUGGCAUUGCUUGGUUGUAUAGAAAAAGUACUUAUCAAGAACAAUGAACAAUUAUAAAUAGCGUUUUGGUUGGAUAACAAUAUUGUAACAAAAAAAUGCAAAUAAUAUGGUAUGGAAAUUUCUUCUGAUAAAGGUAUCGGGUUGGGGAAAAAUUGAAGUUUCAUGCAAGUAGUUCCACCUGUAUUCUGUAAGAUAUUAGGGAUGCUCUGGUUGCCAAAAAGGAGAUUUAUAAGAAGAGUAACAUGCACAACGUUCAAGCUUUUAAUUGUGAUAUUCAUUGUGAUAUUCGUGAUAUUCCCGUUGAUUUUUAGAUACUCCUACAAGUUGCAAAGCCAUGUUGUAUUUUUAAAUUUUGGACGUCAUCAUUUAUCAUCACGGAAAUGCCGGUACCAGACUGACCGAUCAUAGAGUGCAGCUUUACAAAGUUCUGCGGAAGCAUUUUCAUGUAAUUGCUUUUGAUUAUAGAAGUUAUGGAGAUUCAUCAAAUGUAGAACCUUCUGAAGAUAAUUUGGUGAGAGACAGCGUGAACAUCUACGAAUGGGUGUCCAAUAGAACUACUGGCCGUUUGUUUAUAUGGGGUCAUUCUUUGGGAACUAGCAUCGCAAUUCAGUCGAUGGCGAAUCUACAAAGAAAAGGAUCAGUUCCCGCCGGUGUGAUAUUAGAAGCUCCCUUCAAUAACAUGAAGGAAGAGAUUAGUAAAUUUCCUUUAGCUAAAAUUUUCCGGAAUUUACCGUGGUUUUCCUACACUGUUAUUCAGCCGAUGCAGGAGAAUGGAUUCACCUUCAAAACUGACCAGUUCAUUUGUGAAAUAGACGCUCCCAUUCUCAUUUUACAUGCUGAAGAUGACCAUGUAGUUCCAUUUUCACUAGGUUAUAAGCUCUAUGAGGCGGCCAGACGAUGCAGAACAGCAACUCAGGGGAAAAUAGAGUUCCACCCGUUUGACAAAAAAUAUGGAUAUGACCAUAAAUUCAUUUAUAGAGCCCCCGAACUACCCGAGAUUAUAAUGAAAUUUGUUGACUCUGUCAUUCCAGAUACACAACAACAUAAUUAUCGUGGUUGAAAUGCUGGGAAUCACAUCUGUAUACAAUGUUCAACUAGCGAUGAAGUAGGUUUUUUAUUAGUCAAUUGUUCAAACUUUAUUUUUGUAAUAAAAUGAAUUUUAAGUCUUA